CAUUCUCGUCUUCCCCAAUCGCUACUACUAAACCCUCGCAAAACCCUCACUCUCUGUGCAGCUUCGCAAAUUUGUCCAAACCAAUCGAUCCUUCUUCCUCCCAGCUGCAGUUUAUGCACACUCAUAUCCAUCAAUCGAUGCAGAUUCAUGCAUAUGAAUAACAGCGGGGGUUUAAUAGCUAUACACAUUCGUCCAAUCGCCAUUAAUCAGAGCUUGAAAUGAAAGCAGUAAGGGCUCUGACACGAUUCCGCCCAAUCGCCGCCGAUUCCACCUUCCUCCGCCGCUUCUACUCCGCGCAGCCGCAGCACGACGACUUCUCACCGCCGAAUCCCGCCGAAUUGUCCGCGCAGGAUGCCGUCUUCGACAGCUCUCAAUUCGACGAUUUGAAUCUCAAUCACAGCCCCGACAGCAGUAAUCAGGAGUCAACGUGGGACGAGAAGUAUAGAGACAGGGUGAAAAGCCAAGUAUUUGGGGAAAAUGUUUCGCAUUUGAGGAUAUUGCAGAGGGAAGAAGAGAAGAAGAGGAAGGCUGCGAGGCUGGCGAAUGAGCUUCUGGAGGCGGCGUUGGAUGCAGGGGAGAGCGAAGAUGAUGAGGAGAGAGAGGUGACGGAGGAGGAGCAGAAAUCGUUAGCUGUUGGCAUCAUUGGAGCUCCGAAUGCUGGAAAGUCUGCUCUCACUAAUUACAUGGUGGGAACUAAAGUUUCAGCAGUUUCGCGGAAGGUACAUACCACCACUCACGAGGUUUUGGGAGUCAUGACGAAAGGAGAUACACAAAUUUGUUUCUUUGAUACACCAGGACUUAUGUUAAAGAAAAGCGGAUUUCCUUACAAUGAUAUCAAAGUCCGUAAUGAAAGUGCCUGGGGUUCUGUUAGUUUAUACAAUGUGCUGAUAGUUGUUUUUGAUGUUCACCGACAUAUUACCAGACCUGAUUCGCGAGUAGUGAGGUUGAUUGAAAGAAUGGGUUCUAUUAGCAUCCCGAAUCAGAAGCGCAUUUUAUGUAUGAACAAGGUUGACUUGGUUGAAAAGAAGAAAGACUUGCUCAAGGUUGUAGAGGAAUUCAAUGAUCUAUCGGGAUACGAAAGGCAUUUCAUGACAUCGGGAGUCAAGGGUGCUGGGGUGAAAGAUCUCACAAAGUACUUAAUGGAGCAGGCAGUACAAAGACCAUGGGAUGAAGAUCCAUUUACCAUGAGUGAAGAAUUAAUGAAGAACAUAUCUCUGGAAAUUGUGAGAGAGAAAUUGUUAGAUCAUGUGCAUCAGGAAGUCCCCUAUGGCAUUGAGCAUCGCUUGAUGAGCUGGAAGGAGUUAAGAGAUGGUUCUGUCCGAAUCGAGCAACACUUCGUCACCCCCAAGAUCAGCCAACGCAAAAUUUUAGUUGGGAAGAAGGGCUCUAAAAUAGGGAGAAUAGGCAUGGAAGCGAACGAAGAGCUCCGAGCCAUAUUCAAGAGGAACGUCCAUCUCAUCCUCAUGGUUAGGGUUAAAUGACUUAGAUGGGAUUGAUUUUUGCAAUAACGUUCCCCCGCUCAGCGUGAAAUUACGUUGUUACCCCCGUGAAAAACUCAGCUUCAGAAGUAGUAGAUAGCUGGGAGAUGCAGUAUAUAUCACUCCUUUUAAGCACUCAAUCGCCAUCUUAGCAGCAUUCUGUUUUUUGCUAGAUUUAUUAUUUUGUUUUCAUCAUCACCUUUCUUGUUUUCCCAUAUCACGUUCAAGGAUUUUGAUGUAUACGAGAGAAACAUGUAAAGUUGGUUACUUUGUUGUUGUCCAA